AUGUCCUACCCUACCCCUCAGAAUAGUGCUCCUAACCCACAGGCUAUCUUAGCAGCGGCUGUAGCUGUUCCUUUUUACCAGGUUGUUCAGCCUCAAGAUGCCCAACCUGACAGACCUAUCGGAUAUGGAGCAUUUGGUGUAGUUUGGGCAGUGACUGAUCCUAGAGAUGGGAAGAGAGUUGCUCUCAAGAAGAUGCCAAAUGUCUUCCAAAACCUGAUUUCGUGUAAACGUGUGUAUAGGGAGUUAAAAAUGUUGUGCCAUUUUAAACAUGACAAUGUAUUAUCGUCAGUAGAUAUAUUACAACCACCUCAUAUAGAUUUCUUUCAAGAAAUAUACGUUGUGACUGAGUUAUUACAAAGUGAUCUCCAUAAAAUUAUUGUCUCACCGCAGCCUCUUACAUCCGACCAUGUUAAAGUCUUUCUUUAUCAAAUACUCAGGGGUUUAAAAUACCUCCACUCUGCGAGAGUUUUACAUCGAGAUAUUAAACCAGGCAAUUUAUUAGUCAAUAGUAAUUGUUGUUUAAAGAUCUGUGACUUCGGUUUAGCUCGAAUAGAAGAACCAGAUGAAGCCAUACACAUGACACAAGAAGUUGUGACCCAAUAUUACAGAGCACCUGAAAUAUUAAUGGGUGCUAAACAUUAUGGUUCUGGGGUAGAUAUAUGGUCUGUAGGGUGUAUAUUUGCUGAAUUAUUAGGCCGCCGUAUCUUAUUCCAGGCUCAAAGUCCCAUUCAACAGCUUGAUCUCAUCACCGAUUUAUUAGGAACACCAGCACCACAUGAUAUGAAAACAGCAUGUGAAGGUGCCAAGGCUCAUAUACUACGUCAACCACAUAAACAUCCCUCAUUAGCUGCAUUAUAUAGUUUAUCUAAUCAAGCCACACAUGAAGCUGUACAUUUAUUAUGUAGAAUGCUUGUAUUUGAUCCUGAUAAAAGAAUUAGUGCAAGUGAUGCAUUAGCUCAUCCAUUUUUAGAUGAAGGUAGAUUAAGAUAUCAUUCAUGUAUGUGUAAAUGUUGUACAAACUCUGCCAAUGGCCGACAUUAUAAUACCAGUGAAUUUGACCCUGUUUGUAACCAACCAUUUAGUUAUGCAUUUGAGGAUGAAUUAACCUCAGUGUCAAAAGUCAAAGAAAAACUCCACAAAUUCAUCUCUGAGCAGCAACAAAAAAAUAAACGAGUGCCUCUUUGUUUAAAUCCAAAUUCCCUCUCCUUUAAAACGUUCCAGAAGUAA